AUGACAUUUUACUAUUGAUUUUUAAAAGUAUAUUUCCUCAACCACCAAACAAACUGUUUUUCGUUCCGUUUCUUUAAUUUAAUUUAAUUUUCAAGAAUGAAAGUGCAUUUCCGUGAACAAUAUGGUACACGCGGAGACGAAAUUCUAUACGUAGUUCCAGCUGAUCAGGAAGCAAUAGUGAGAGUACCACUAUCAGCGGACAAAAGUAGUUACAAAGAAAACUUUACGCUGUACCGCAUCUUCAAACAGAUAUUCUUACCACAAGGAUAUCCGGACAGCGUUAGCCAUGACUACAUCCACUAUCAGAUUUGGGACACAAUUCAAGCCUUCUGUAGUACAAUUACAGGUACAUUGACCACACACGCUAUAUUGAAAGGUGUCGGAGUUGGUAAUGACUAUGUGAGCCCGUUAAGUGCUACGGUGACAUGGGUGUUGAAAGAUGGUGCCGGUCAUUUCGGGAAAAUAUUGUUCGCUUGGGCGAAAGGAUCCGAACUGGAUAUCGACUCCAAGAAAUGGCGUCUGCGAGCGGAUUUCUUGAACGACGUGGCAAUGGGAAUUGAUAUAUUUAUGCUGCCCCGAUUUCCUGAAAUGGCAACGUACAUUCUAUGUGGCACGACUACCAUGAAAGCGAUUGUUGGUGUUACUGGAGGAGCCACACGGUCAGCUUUGACGCAACAUCACGCAAUCCGAGGAAAUCUAGCAGACGUUGCGUCCAAGGACAGCGCUCAAGAAACAUGUGUCAAUUUACUUGCAUCAUUAGUCGGACUGUUCCUAUUAACACAAAUCAAAGGUCAAUUAGUUCUCUACACGUUAUACUUCAUCGUCACUUGCAUCCACCUGUUUGCCAAUAUGAAAGCAGUUCGAACCAUCUGCCUUCGAUCGUUCAAUGAGUCUCGUUUCCUGAUCGCAAUGGAAGAAUUUUUCCAAACCGGUCGUGUGCCAUCCGUCGUCGCUGUCAAUCAACGCGAACGUGUGACAAUCGGUCAAACCGUUUCGCUGUCGCUGAAAGUGAAAAUCGGCCUGUCGGCCAAAGACCUGACCGACCAUUUUCGCACGUCACAAGACAUCGACAAUGUGCUGGCGUCGUUCGAUCCGCAUGAGAAAUUCAUUUUCGCCGAAAGUCGACGACACCUGGGCAUUUAUUUGCACUUCGAAGCUCGGCCGGCCGAUGUGUUGAAAGCCUACUUUUAUGCGGUGUCUUAUCUGCAAGAUCGGAAUCAGUUUCGCGAUCGGUACUGGGAAGUGCACAGCAAAUGGAAUGAUUUUCUGGGAAUGGCCCAGAAGGAGGGCUGGCUGAUGGCAUCGCAUUUAAUGUUUGUCGAUGAAUAUCGAUUGGAUUGGAGAAUGUAAGGUGGAAAGAAAGGUCGACGAUGGCUGGGUAAGCAUUUAAGUAGUUUGUUUGUGGCACAAAAGAACAUUUUUUUAUGGGUUUGAACUGAACAAUUUUUUGUUAUUUUCGACUGAUUGAUACAUUCCACACACUUUGAAUCGAUUUUCCUUUCAUUUAGUUUAAGAUUUUGCAUAACUUUGAACGUAGAAAAUUUCGUCAGUCAUUUAGUGGGUCAUAUCAGCCAAAAAGAAAUGUAGAAAAACGAAACUUUCACCAAACAAAUUUAAGCUUUAAAUUGCAGCGCAUUUAAUAAUAAGGCUGAAAAAUCAUCAUCUUGUGUCAAAGCCUCCAAACUAAGAGUUUACGCGAUUAGUAGCAUGGAAAACAAACGGUCCAACCAAAGAUGUUGUUUCUCUAGUCAUUCUCACUAUAAUUGAAAGUGAUUUUUUUUAACGUCUGUUUAACUAAACUUAGUACUUUUACUACAACGGCGCGGGGUAGUAGGGUACGAAGAAAGAUACAAAGGAAGAAAAAUUAAUGGAAAUAUCAAAGCUAAUCCAAAAACUAUCGUUCAUUAAAGUCAAUUUUUCGCGUUGAUAUUAGACUAAUCUGUAGAGUUGUAAGUUUUUAACCCAAACAGAUAAACAAAUAUGAAAAAAAUUGAAAGAAAAUUUUGACAAAAUUUAUCAUUGCGACUUGUAGAAAAGACAUUAAUAAAGAAACCAUCUCCGUCAUUCGAAUGGAGAAUUUUAGCUUGAAUUUUUAGCAUUUUUGAAUAAACUCUAGUCUGUAAGCUUUAAAUCUCUUUAAGGAAAAAUCAUUUAUUUUUCUGUCCAAAAAUGCAAUAUUUUACGAAAUACAUUUGAAAGUCUAAUCAA